GCCCAAGUUCCGACAGCAGAAAUAAAGUUAUAGCGUACCAUUUUAUAAGGUAACACCGCAUCUAGUAGGGGUCUCGGUGCCAGUUGCCAGCACCAACGCCAGCGGGUUCUCUCCUCUUGCCUUGCCGAUUUCCAUGGCGAUCUUUCCUUCUUCACUAUUUUAAUACCUAAUUCAAAACCAUCGCCAAUUUAUUGUUUUCCAAGUGCACGUACCUAUUUAAUUAAUUGCAUUUGAAGAACCUGAUGAUAUGAUAGUGCUGAAGAGAUACUCUUACGAGCCGAACCUAUAGUACAUACCUUACCUCCUAUGGCUGCUAUUGCUGCCACUCACGAACGCCAUGGCGCCGCCUUAUAGCAACGGCUACGGUUAUCCGUCGUCCGGCCUGCCCCCCUCGUCCUCUCCCUCCUACGAUUACGGGUACAGAAGUAAUAAUCAUAAUACCAACAAUGCCGAGCUCUCAUCUAUCUGCGACGACAUACUCUCCGGCGUUAGGGUUAUGCUGGAACAAUUAUGGGGGUACAUCAACGGGCCGGGUCGACAGAUGGCGUGGAGUCUAGCUAUGAAGGGUGCAUAUCAGCUAAAGAGGAAUUUGACGAGACGGCGACUUCUGAGCUUCCCGCAUUUGUUGGUGGUCUUGUGGAUGCUGGUUAUGCUAUGGGGCGAGCGCUGGGUGUUCGCGAGUCGAGUGCGGAGUUGUGACUGGGACCAUUGGGAAGAUUGGCCCGUAGGAGCCACGCCGCAUCGAUUAAUAUUCGUCGCCGACCCCCAGAUUAUCGAUCCUCACUCCUACCCCGGCCGACCCUGGCCUCUUAACCCGUUAACCGUUCUCAUAACCGAUAAUUACAUGCGACGAUCCUACAGACAACUACAGCAAGUAUUACAUCCAGAUACCGUUUUCUUUUUAGGCGAUCUUUUCGAUGGUGGAAGAGAGUGGAAGACAGCAACAGGAGAUUUCAACGACCCCAAGUGGGCAAAAGGACACCGACCGGCCGAAGAACAAAAGCAUUUAAAAGAGUGGCAUAGAAAAUAUGGCGACGACUUCUGGCUUAGGGAGUAUGGGAGGUUCGGCAAGAUAUUUUACGAUCCUUGGAAUAUAGGAGGCGUUUUCCCAAGCGCGGGACAGAGAGGAAGAAAACUUAUCUCGAGUCUUCCUGGGAACCACGAUUUGGGAUUCGGGGCCGAGGUUAAGGUCCCUGCGAGACAUCGAUUCAGCGCGUAUUUCGGCGAGACGAAUAGAGUCGACGUCAUAGGAAAUCACACUUUCGUGUCGGUGGACACGGUAUCGCUGAGCGCGGAUACGUCGAGUGUGAAGGAUCAGGUCGAUCUACAGCCUAUUUACGGUCCAGCUCAGGAGUUCUUAAAAGGAGUUAAGGCUACGAAAAGAAGAGCAGUUCAAAAGGAGGUGCGAUUUUGGCGGGGAGAUGUGGAGGAUUUGACUUUUGAGCAGAAAGUUGAGGAUAUCGAAAAUGCUGAUUUCAGCAAUCUACCGACGUUGGAUCCGGGAGAGAAUGCGCCCGAUUUCCCAACGAUUCUUUUAACACAUGUACCGCUACAUCGUGAUCCAGGUACACCUUGCGGCCCAUUGCGAGAGCAUUGGCCUCCAGCGAAACCACCUAAGGGACAAGCGGGUCCCGUGAUUCCAGACCAUAGAAAUGCUAUUAGUGUUUCAGGCGGAUAUCAGUACCAAAAUGUGCUGAAUUUGGAUGAUUCCAUUAAGCUGAUCAAGAGCAUCGGCAAUGUCAUCCACGCAUUUUCCGGGGAUGACCACGACUAUUGUGAGGUGGUGCAUACCCCAGAACAGGAAAACGUUCGUGAAAUCACAGUUAAGAGCCUGAGUAUGGCCAUGGGAGUCCCAACACCAGGAUUCCAGAUGGUUUCCCUAUACAACCCGAUCGAUGCACAGGGAAAUCCGCUCCCAGGCACCCCGAAAACUACGCUACAAACUCACCUCUGCCUCCUCUCCCAACAACUCUCCACAUUCAUGACUUACGCCGUGCUCGGCGUUCUAAGUGUCCUCAUCCUCAUAGUGCGAGCUUUCCUCGUCCCGAUCCUCAAUCUCCAACCUUUCGCUCUAGACCCCAUACACCACUCCCCAUCAGCUGUUCUCCCUAUCUUCAAGGCGAAAACCGAGGCCGACGAAAACGGCAGCGCGAGAGAUAUCAAGCCGACAUCAUCCGGCACCUCGUCAUCUAAAUUCCCCAGCGCGCGCGUGUCAUCCGCGAGAACGCGCGGGCAGAGUAUAUCGAAUAGACCCGUAUCCCCGAAUUCGAAUGCCAAAGGCGGGAAAUGGGGCUGGGGCCAGAAUAGUUCCGGCAACGGAAGGGGUCCUAGGAUUGAGAUUAGACGGGAUGCGUAUUAUGACGAGUGGAAACCGGUGACUAGGGGCCCCGGGAGGAGAAGGAAUGGGAAUAUGCUGGAGAUUGUGGGGAGAGAGGCUUGGACUACGUGUUGGAGGGUCGUGUGGAUGGUGCUUGGGUUCUUUGCGUGGUUGGCUUAUAAGGGGUAGGUGUGUUUAAUUACAUACGGCGUGCUUAUGUGCAUUCGAGUGGGCGUAGGAGUAAUGGAUGGAUGGAUGGAUGGGCUGGGUUGGGUUGUGAUUAUAUGGAAAUAUGGUAGGGUAGGUAGGGUAAUAUUAAGAAAAGAAAGGUGUACAUUGCUCCAUGGCGUUAUGUCAAAGUCAGUUGAUUGUUCGUGUGCGAUGCCCUUCGUGACUUUAGGAGGAGAGUAGGGGGGAGGGAAUAAAUAUAUAAUACAGGGACAGUAGGAAUUGAUUACCUACGUGGAUUAUAGGAAUUAGAUGCUCAUUCUAUCAACAGAGCACAGGAACGGGGCGAGAAUAGGGACAGGCAUUAGUACAGCCAUUCCUGCUAUCCAUUAUCUUCGGGUACAUGGAGGUAUGAUCUGUACGACUAGCAACUGAUUAUUCGAACUACAAAGAGUUUACCAUCUAAAGAGGUCAGCUAGAUAAUGCAUUGGUGCC